GAGUAUCGCGCGGGACUGGUGACGUCAAUGCGGGAAUACUAUAAAGUCACACCACCUGGCGUCAAUCCUGCAUUCUUACCGGCGAGGACCAAGCAGUGGGAGCUCAGUUCGCAUUGGUAUUUUAACAAAAGCAACUUAAGCGGCAAAAUGAACGGCCAGAUGCUUAACGGUUUCCACGACUCUCUUAUCGACGAGGGCAGCUUUCUUUUUACGUCGGAGUCUGUCGGGGAGGGACAUCCUGAUAAAAUUUGUGACCAAAUUAGUGAUGCUGUUCUGGAUGCCCACCUGAAACAAGACCCAGAUGCCAAAGUUGCUUGUGAAACGGUUGCAAAAACUGGCAUGAUCCUCCUUGCUGGUGAGAUCACCUCCAGAGCGUCCGUGGAUUACCAAAAAAUUGUGCGGGACACAAUCAAGCACAUCGGCUACGACGAUUCCUCUAAAGGAUUUGACUACAAAACUUGCAAUGUGUUGGUGGCUCUGGAGCAGCAAUCCCCAGACAUUGCACAGGGAGUCCAUCUGGACAGAAAUGAGGAGGAUGUGGGAGCUGGAGAUCAGGGCUUAAUGUUUGGUUAUGCUACUGAUGAGACUGAAGAAUGUAUGCCUCUCACGAUUGUCCUAGCACAUAAACUGAAUGCUAAGAUGGCAGAACUACGUCGCAAUGGAACCCUGCCCUGGCUUAGACCAGACUCAAAGACCCAGGUGACUGUUCAGUACAUGCAGGACCGUGGAGCUGUCAUCCCAAUCAGAGUGCACACCAUUGUAGUCUCUGUGCAACAUGAUGAAGGAAUCUGCCUGGAUGAGAUGCGUGAUGCCUUAAAGGAGAAAGUGGUAAAGGCUGUGGUUCCUGCCAAAUACCUGGACGAUGAUACAAUUUAUCAUCUGCAGCCAAGUGGGCGCUUUGUAAUUGGUGGUCCACAGGGUGAUGCUGGAUUAACAGGACGCAAGAUCAUUGUCGACACCUACGGUGGAUGGGGAGCCCAUGGAGGUGGUGCCUUCUCUGGCAAGGACUACACAAAAGUGGAUCGCUCUGCUGCUUAUGCUGCACGCUGGGUGGCAAAAUCUCUGGUAAAGUCUGGCCUUUGCCGCAGAGUCCUGGUCCAGGUGUCAUAUGCAAUUGGUGUUGCACAUCCCUUGUCUAUCUCAAUCUUCCACUAUGGGACCUCUCAAAAGAGUGAGAGGGAGCUGUUGGCGAUCGUGAACAAGAACUUUGAUCUUCGUCCUGGUGUUAUUGUCAGGGAUCUGGAUCUGAAGAAACCAAUUUAUCAGAGGACUGCAGCCUAUGGUCACUUUGGUAGGGACAGCUUCCCUUGGGAAGUGCCCAAAAAGCUGGAGUAUUGAUUUGUUAGGCUUUUCCCCACUAGACCUACUGGCGUUAUAUACAGAGAAACCUGUAGGCUCUUAUGGAAGGAAAAGGCCCCAUCCUAUCUUCCCUGUCACUCCUGGCUCACUGUAAUAGUAACUAGUGCCAUGUCUUGCUUGUAAGGAGAGGGAACCAUAUAUGACAGAUUCUAUUCCCCUGCAUUCCCUCAUGUUCAUGCUAUCUAGCAGUACUUCUAGCAGAUGGGCUUGUAUGUAGCGUAGCUUUAAGUGUUUGAAACAUUUGACCAAGUACCCUAAUCUGCCUCUUGUCCUGGAUCAGUUUCAGUUUAGAUGUUUAACUGGUCUUGCUCCAUUAGCUGUAGUACAAAGGGCUUGUGCCCUCUAUAUUCCAUGACAUAAUACUUGUAUCUGCAAUAUUCUAAAGUAUUGGCUCCCAUUGCAUAGACAGUGAGGGAAUCGAAAAACCAAAAUUUAUUUUUAGACCCAAGGAAUACAAAACCUUCUACCUGAAUGUCUAUGAUGGACCUGGUUAGUGCAGACAAGUCUCUUGGUGCCUGUAGACUCAUGGAAUUUUUUUUAUUUUUUUCCUUAUUUAAGAUUUUUAUUUUUUCCUCCACUGCCACACUGCACAAACCCCCACCCUGCCAGUUUUUAAUUGUAAGACGCGUGCCUGUACUCUGUCUGUAUUUCCCCUUCUGCGGCUGGCUGGUGUGGCUACAGAGAAACCAGCCCAGUGCAGAGUCCAGACAGAAUAGGCACGUGAGGCAGGGAGGGGUACAAAAGGAUCUUACUUGAAGAAACAUUGCUGUGUAACUUUAUUUAUUGUGUUGCCUGGCCCAGGCGUAAGUACAGAGUAGCCUCUGCUCCAGGCAACAUUUUUUAAAAAAUCCUUUUACAGUGGUCUCUUUUUUGUGUUCUUGUACUCCAUGUCUGGUAUCCUCUGGCAGGUACUGGUGUGGUACAGAAAAACCAGUCCUGAAUCUUGCAGAGGUUCUGGAUCAUGUGUUCUUGGUCUUGGGAAGAGAUCUCUCUGCUGGAAUUGGCACACUUUACCAGUGUGGUACAGAGAAACUGGUUGUUUACAAGCUGUCCUUCAGAGAGAUCGCUAACUAGGACCUUGCCACAUAAAAAUGCCCUAUUUUAAAUCCAUAUUUCUGGUUAAAGAUCACAGCGGAAGACUUACCCAUCAAUAAAGUAUUGAGUUCUCCCUC